CAUAUAUUUUGAUGAAAAUGGGGAUGCUUCCAACUUUUUCAUUUUUACUCUCUUACUUGUUUAUACUUCCUAUGUAGUUUGCAGCUAUAUUUUCAGGAAGCUGACCCGAAGAUCCUUCUCAUCAGCUCCGGAGACUUGUUUUCAAAAGUUAUGCCUAGAAAAAAAGGUCACUAGUCUAAAGGAGCCCUCUUUUCUUUCGAUAAGGAGUUUUAAAUUUACUUCGGCUCUUUUUGCGCUACUAUAUUUUGGUUAUAAAGUUUCUCUAAUUGAAGAACAAAAAGAAGAUUUUGAUCCCUAUUCUUUGCUUAAUGUGGAAGUUGAUACUACUACAGCUGAUAUUAGAAAAGCUUAUCGCGAGUUAAGCAAAAGGUAUCACCCCGAUAGCAAGUUAAAACUCUCCGAUUCUCCAGAAAAAUUUAUGGCACUUACUAAAGCUUAUAAGGCACUAACUAAUCCCUUGGCUCGUGAGAACUUUGAAAAAUAUGGUCAUCCCGACGGUCCGCAAAGCCUCAAUACUUUUUUUGCCAUCCCGCAAUGGUUUGUUGAGAAAAGAAAUUAUUGGAAGGUGGUACUGCUCUAUUUUUCGGCAUUUAUAUUGAUAGCUCCCACCUCAGUGGUAAUUACGUGGAAGAACUACAGAAAAUAUAUGGAUAACAAAAAGGUUCUACGACAAUCUUGCGAGGCCUAUUUUCGCUUUACUACUGGUUCCCUUUCUUCAGAAGGUAUUAUGAAUGUUUUAAGUGCCUCCGUGGAAUUUGUGGAUCUCGUUGUGGACUUAAAAAUAUAUGACCCCUCACUGCAGAGCAUCUUCCGCCGGGUAAAGCUAUCAUCUUUCCACCCCAAGCUCACAGCAAGCUAUUGCCAGAAGUCCUUGGCCUUAAUAGCUGCUCAUAUUCACCGACUUUCGCUUCCUUCGCCUGUUCUUUCGAGUCAGCUAAAGGUUGUCCUGCUCCUCCCCGACCUUGUUCGGGUGGGACUGGUCCCUGUUCUGUCCUCCAAAGGCUACAAAGAAACGACGUUGAAGGCUGUUUACUUUCUGCAAAUGGUGACUCAAGCCCUCAAGGAAAAUUCUUCCUCUCUGGAGAUGCUACCAUACAUCACCUCCGAUAGGAUACUUGAGAGAGAAUUUAAAAGCCGCUCUGGGGUUUCUGCGAUUAUAGAGUUUGUGCAGAUACCGUUGGAGAGUAAGAGAGCAUGGCUACACGACUUGACGACCCAGCAGCUCCAGGAUGUCAUCGCAGUUUCAGAAAAUCUUCCCUAUUUAAAAGUGGAUGGGAAGAUUGGCUCCGAUGGUGAAGGCGUCCCUGUAGGGUCCGUAGUUACUGUGGUUAUUUAUAUUCAGCGCACGACUAUAAAUGAAUAUAUUUCUGGACGAGCAAAAGAAAGUAAAGCUCAAACGGUCCCGAAGGCGAAACAUACGAAUGGGAAGCCCCCAUUCGCAUACUGUCCCCACUUUCCUUCGCCUUUAAGGGAGAGCUGGCUUGUUGCUCUGAGUGGCCCUCGAGACGAAGGUUUUCUGUGCUUGCCCCAGUUUGUUGACUUGCUUCACGGCAAGGCAGAGAUAAAGAUGAAUUUUCAGGCUCCCAUAGAAAAAGGUCGACACAAUAUAGAAAUAGAAGUUAUGUCCAACACCUAUCUGGGUUUUUGUUUUAAAAAAAUGAUAUCUAUAACAACUUGUGAAAAAAAGGUUGUGGAGGCUUCGAGUUACGAUAUGGAAGAAACAGAAAGUUCCCAGAGUUCUGAUGUCAGUGCCAUUGAAAGCGACAGCUCAGAAGUCGAAUAUUAACCAAUAAAAUGGUUUAAAACUCCAAAA